AUGGGUUUAUUAAUUGAUUCUGAAAAAGCCAGUUUCACCCUUGACCCAAUUAUCCAAAAACAGGUACGAGAAGCCUUUAUCAAACUUUAUCAAGACGGGUUAAUUUAUCGCGGACAAAGAUUAGUGAAUUGGGAUCCUCAAUUAAAAAGUGUAAUUUCCGACAUUGAAGUAGAACAUAAACCUAGCAAAA